UUUCGCGGUGCAGACCAGAGAGAAGAGGCAGCUGGCUUUAUGCUUCGCCCAUGGACUUGGAAUCUAAUUACGAAAUUGCCCGCACCGCCGAGUUUAUUCACUCUCGGAACUUCACCAGAGUUGCUUUACAGUUCCCAGAUGAGCUAUUGAAGGAUUCAACGCUUGUGGUGAGAGCUCUGCGCGAGCAACUUCGGUCGCUGAGAAAAUGUGAUGCUGAUCAGAAUGGAGGCAACAAAGAUGUUAGAUUGUUUGUAAUGGCGGACACAACAUUCGGUAGUUGCUGCGUCGAUGAGGUCGGAGCAUUGCACGCUAGUGCUGAGUGUGUUAUACAUUAUGGGCAUACGUGUCUCAGCCCGACGACGACUCUUCCAGCAUUCUCUGUCUUUGGAAAGGCUUCCAUUAGUGUAGCUGAUUGUGUUGAAAAUAUUUCAAAUUAUGCUUUGACCAAUGGCAAGCGUAUCCUGGUCCUUUAUGGGCUGGAAUAUUCAUAUUCAAUAAAGAAUGUUAGAGAAGCACUGGUAGAUGCAUUGAGGUUGCCUGAAUCCAAAUCUGAAUUAGGAGUCCAUCUUGCUGAUGUUCUGAGCUCAGUUACUAAUCCAUCUGAUGAUAAUAAAAGCUCCAAUGGGCUUGGGGGACCAGCUGGUGACUGUACUGAAGAUAAAACUUUUGGGAUGGCACCCGGCAGUAGUUAUAGUAUUGGAGGCUUGAUCUGGACAUUGCCUGAUGGACACAGGAUGGAGGACUACUUGCUUUUUUGGAUUGGUUCUGACAAUUCAGCGUUUGCAAAUGUCGUGCUGACAUUUAAUGGCUGUGAUAUAGUCAGAUAUGAUGCAACAAAGAAAUGUUUGGUGACGGAUGUAUCUCAACAGAAAAGGAUUCUUAAGCGUAGAUAUUUCCUGGUUGAAAAAGCAAAGGAUGCUAAUAUUGUUGGGAUUUUGGUGGGAACUCUUUGUGUAGCUGGUUACCAACAUAUGAUUCAUCAAAUGAAAGAGCUGAUCACUGGAUCUGGGAAAAAGGCCUAUACUUUUGUUAUGGGCAGACCAAACCCUGCAAAACUUGCAAACUUUCCUGAGUGCAAUGUUUUCAUUUAUGUCUCUUGUGCCCAAACUGCUCUUCUGGAUAGCAAGGAGUAUUUAGCUCCAGUUAUUACUCCAUUUGAAGCCAUGCUAGCUUUCAACAGAGGAAGUCAGUGGACAGGAGCAUAUGUCAUGGAAUUCCGGGAUUUGAUUACUUCAUGUCCAGUGGAAGUAAACCAGCCGGAAGAAGCACGAUUUUCCUUUUUGUCUGGUGGAUAUGUGGAAGAUGUUGACCUCCAAGAAGAAGAGAAUGAUAAGGAAGACAAUGAGGGAGCUCUUGCUUUAGCCAAUGCAACACAGAAGGUUCUGCGAUUGCGUGAUGACCCAAAGUCUUUAAUCAAAGGAACAGCUAGAUCUGGGCCCGAGUAUUUUGCAUCCCGAUCUUAUCAAGGUCUAGAUAUGCACUGCAACAAUUCCUUGCCUGAAUCAUAUUUAACUGGGAGGAGUGGGAGGGCAUCAGGAUAUCGGGAUGAGAAAGGUAAACAUGAGGAAAAGUAAUGCUCUUUAAUAGACUUUUGUAUAACUACCAUACAACUUGAUGACAUGCCAAUAAAAAUCAACCCUUAGAUCAGUACUUGUUAGAAAAAGUUGAGGAGCAGGUACAUGGGAAGAAGGUUGAUAGGACAAGGGGAAGAGUGUUAUUGGCAAAAAAUCUCCCUUGCUGGUUUUGAAUAGGCAAGCUAGUCUACUUUGGCAAGCAAACGGGUACUCAUUUUGACUGAAACUACUUGAAGAUAUUCGUCAGCCAAGCAGCAGUUACAUAGUUGAAGCUAUGUAUGCAUGGUUUUUGUGAAUUUUUUUGAAAGUUGGUGCAACUUCGGCCUCGGAUUUUUGUUUGAGGAUUAGUGUAAAUGUCGGAUUACUUCCAUGAUGUAAGAUUUAUUACUUCUCAUUUAUGUUAUUUUGCUAUUACUUCA